AUGCCUUCCCUCAAGCCCUCAGACGAUCUGGAAAAGUACAAGGACCUGAUCUGGUGCUGGUACAUCGGCGAGGAUAGAUCCAAGAAGGAUGUAGUCCAAAGGCUGAACGAUCGCGGCGUCAAUAUCAAGCAAAGCAAUCUCGAGCGUCGCAUGCGACUCUGGGAUAUGCGAAAGAACGUCACCGAUGCCGAGGGAAAGUGGAUGGCCCGUCAGCAGAAGUUGCGGAAGGACAAGAACAAGAAGACGCAUUUCCUGCUCUCCGGCAAGCGCAUGGCGGAGGAGAAGAUCCGUCGUGCCAUACAGCGCCACAGCCUUGAGGAAUACAGUCUGCUUCAUAAAUUUCAACUCUUCUCAGAGACAGAAUUCGUUUCUUCUGGUCCUGGUUCUGCAUUGGUUGUGUGUUCCCCCUUGACUUCCGUCGAGAGGCCAUGGCAGCCAUGGAUACAAUUCAACGACCGCGUUUUAGAAGGCUCUGUCCGCCUAGAAUUUGUCUUGCCUUCCAGACCACGCCUUUCUGUAGAGACCACUUCAUUGGCUACAGUCACUGAUCCCUCAAAAGGCUUUCAACGGCUCAAGGUUGACAAAGUUGCUGCUGUUCUCGACUGGCUCGUCCCGGAGUCAUUCCCGGAAGAGAAUGUUCGCGCAGCAGAUUCUCUCACUCAAUCUUGGCCCAAGUUUGAUAUUGUCGCUCUGAAAUUUUUUAUCUUCAGGCUUUCAAACAAUUUGAUACAGAAUGAAAAUCACAUUGAUCGGCCCGUCGUUAUACUCCGCCUGUGCCAGUCAUUGGGGCUUGCUCAAGUAGGUAUCAUUCGUGGACUUUUCAAGCUGGCUCCUGAAAACCCCACAAUUGCAGCCGUCUUGGACGCCUUGUUUCAGACUGCUUGGAUAACUGAAUCUGUGGACCUCAUGUCUCUGAUCUUGGCAGAGAACAAGAGAGUUGAUAACGGCAAGCCUACGAGUGUGGUAGAAUUCCCUGUGUGGCAUGCCAUCGAACAUGCAAUACGACGCUCAAAUCGAAGACUCUUGGAUGCCGCCAUUUGCUUUUCCUCAGAUUAUCCUGAAGAUAACUUCAAUGUCACACAAAGAAAUGAGGCCCUUCACCUCUGUGCAGGUCACCGGAAUCACGUUUUCGCAAAUGGCGCGAUUUCGUUGCUGCUAGGAAAAGGGGCAAAGGUAGUCAACGACACUGGUCAUGUGGGCAACGCACUCUUUGCUGCACUCCAACGCGGCAAUAUUCAGCUCGUUGAGUUAUUGGCCAUGAGUGGAGUGAAUUUCACGAUCACCUCUCCAUGUGCGGAGCGCCCUAUACGAAGGAUCCCGGCAGCGGGUUAUGCUUCUAAAAUAACCAUCUCAGAUCAUGACAACGCCUUCACAUCUGCCGUUGUGCGUUGUUGCUCUCGUAAUUCCUUUCUGGAAGAAUUCCCAGAAGAUGAUGGGAUAUAUUACCACCACCGGCAAGACGGAACCCUGAUACUUGAAGAUGACAAAGAAGAACUUGAACGGCAUCACUUUCGCGCACAAGAAUUAGCCGUUGCCAUGUUUGCCUACUUGAUUUCUCCACAGUCGCUCAUUACUGGCAGAGGUUCGACUUGGCCCCGGAUAUUUCCGGUGCAGCAAACCGUGUGUGUGGAUAUUCUGAUUGCGGCAUCCUUCCAGGGGUAUGAUGGUCUGAUGGAAAAGCUUAUAUCAGGCCCAGAAGAUCUGAAUCGAGCCAAUUCCCACGGACUAUGGCCGCUUUAUGCCGCUAUCAUUGGGCCAUUAUCCAAAUCAGCAAGAGUGCGAUCAUCUUCGCUACACCAGGCUAUCAAUUAUGAUUCAGCGGAUUGCGUGGUGGCACUUCUAGACUAUGGCGCUGAUAUUGAAUGCAAAUGCCAGCUUGACGACAUCAUAGGGAACGGGAAGGGCAUUCAUCCUUAUCACGGCGAGCAGAUGAGUCCGUUGGACCUAGCCAUAUAUCGAGGAUUCUGGGGAAUCGCGCAGAUACUAGUCAGUCGAGGCGCAUUCGUGACAUCCGGCAAUUUCUUCACCGCGGUAGAACAUUCUGAAAUUUCCCUUGUGCAGACAAUGAUGACGAAUCAGAUGUUCGAUAAGUAUAUGGUGAAUCCAAAUUACGGAGACAAGACAGCGCUUGAGGUCGCUAUUCACAGAGGAAACCCUGAGAUGUAUGAAACACUGAUGAGAACCGCGGGGUCUGACCCAGUCACGGCUGACCAAUUCAUUGCCGCGGCCAAAGCCGGUAGCUUCGUGCUGGUGGUCGAAUCCAUGGUCGAUGCCGACCUGAAUCUUUCUCAACAAGAGUUCUCAAUGGCAUUGAUGUAUGCUCUGGAGAAUGGACACAAAGCCAUCACAAACCUACUUAUUGCUGAACAUACACGUUUUUCAACUAUGUGUCCAUUGUCUGAUUUGAGUAACAGUGACAGGGGCAGAGCAGUUGAAUUGGCAAUAUUGGAUGGUCAAGAAAGUGUUGUAUCAACGAUCCUCUUCUGGCACCCGAAAGCCUAUAGCUCUGGGAUGUUAUGCGCUUGUCUUGUAAUGGACCAGCUACUAUCUCCAGCCUCGAACAAGGUGGUUUGUGAGAUACUACGAAGGAGAUCCUGUGCCACAGAGGAGAAUUUCGAUCCACUGCUUGAAAAUACAGCCAUUGCACUUGCAGCGUAUCACGGACAAGACGAGCUGCUUGCUGCGAUACUAAAUCGAUCAUGGCCAGGACAUUUGUGUGCUAUACCCGAGCCACGAUUCUGGGAAAUGAGGUACACAGGCCAAGACAGAUAUCGACGUGUUAAAGGACUCAUCCCUAACGAAAGCAUCAUGAUGGGAGACAGCAAUCGUGAGUGUUUCUAUUACGAGUGGUGCUCACCAGACUGGAAGCUUUCAAGUCAGAUGAUCGGCGACUGGAACUCGUGGCGUGAUUGCCCAUCGACUUGCUCGCCGCUACUCAUGGCAGUCAAAGGCCAAAAUUUCGUUGCAGUUAAUUGGCUGAUGGACCGAGGAUAUGUUGCUGACGGGCCAACUCUAAAAGCUGCAAUAAUGACUGAAUGGCCGAUUGAAAAGCUGAAAUAUCUCGUUUUGAGCUGCAAUGACGUUGACCAUAGAGAGUCGCCCAACGUGUCAACAGCACUGUUUGAAGCCAUACAUUACCGGAAUAUCGAAGCUACCCGUGCUCUAAUUGAGCACGGAGCUAACGUGAACGAAGGACCCUUUUAUCACGCAGAAGGAUCUUUUUAUCACGCAGAAGGACAUCUAACUACGCGGCGAACAUGCCUUCAAAUGGUUAUUCAAAAUUUUCCUGUGUGGAGUUUGGCUUCUGCACCUGAUUAUGAAGCAAUCGAUUUGCUUCUAGACGCAGGCGCUGAUGUCAACGCCGCAGGCACAGGUUACGGACGUGUCACAGCACUCCAACUUGCCUGUACUACUGGCUACAUUCCACUAGCUAGGCGAUUAAUAGAAAUGGGUGCAGAUAUCGAUGACCUCCCAGUAUUCCCGCAUGGUUGGUCAUGCCUCGAACAUGCCGCACAAUCUGGAAGGCUCGAUAUGGUCCAGUUUUUAAUCAACUGCGGCGUCAGUGUCGUGGGCAGAGCAAGGUUGCAAUAUGCCUCCGCGGUUAGACUGGCUGAGGACUCUGGACGAACCACUUUGAAAAUCCUGCUCCAGAAAUAUGGAGGCUGGACAGUCGCAGAUGAGGAGCUGCUACAAGAAGAUCUCAGGAUCCGCAAAGAUCGGCAAAUUUUACGUUCCAAGAUUAAAAGAUAUUCCAAAUCUGAAAGGGAGCGGGUAAAUUUGUGGAUUCGAAAGUAUUACCGACAUGACAAGGACGAUCUGGUUGAUGUGGCAGACGAUUUGGAACAAGAUGGUCCGUUGGAAAGUUCCGUAAUUGAUGACGGUUGCAACAGUGAUGACGCAGAAAGCUCUGAUACAGAGGAAAUGAGGGAGCAGGAGCCCCCAGGGACUCAGCAAGCUGAUUUCCUCAGCAUUAGGCACGCAGAAAAGAACGCAGAAGGCGGUACAGCAGGUGGAAUAACUCACGACGAAGUGUCAGCUUCGAUGUCCGCAUUGCUAGCAUUGCCGCAGAGUCGACCUAUGGACGAGAGCUCCGAUAUUGCUCUCCUAUUUCCCACGGAAUUUUCGACAAGUGAACCGACUGUAGACACUUCUACGAGACCAGGCACAGAAGAAAACAAGCUUCUCGCAUUUAAAAUGCCCUUGCAUACGUCAUUUAUCGAACGGACCAGCGUGGACUUUCAUGAACAGGACGAUUUUAAUGUUUUCCUCAUAUAA